AUGGAGCAUGAAAAGGUCGCAGACGACCACCCACGCCCAAGAAGGUCUGGAGGACCCGAUUCAAGGCGCCGGUCGAGUCUGCUCGAUGUCCAAGAUGACGAUCUCAUCAACGUCUCUGGCCAUAAACAAGAACUCGACCGCCUCUUCAGUUCCUUCAGCAUCGUGUCGACAGCCAUCACCACCGGCAACGUGUGGAUAGCCCUCGCCGGGACCAUUGCAGUUGCUAUUUUCAACGGCGGGCCCACUGGCAUAAUCUACGAAUUCAUUGUCGUCUCAUUUUUCUACUGGUUCAUCGCAGCCAGCGUCGCGGAGCUUGCAUCUGCCAUUCCCUCCUCUGCGGGAGUCUAUCACUGGGCUACCGUCACGGCUGGCCGUCGCUAUGGUCGUCUAUGCGGAUACCUGGCAGGAUGGUGGAACUUUUUCGCAUGGAUCUUUGCCACUGCCGUGACCUUGCAGAUCACGGCAGCCAUCAUCAUCACCAUGGCCCAGCUCAACGCCUCAAACUACGAAUACCAGCGGUGGCAGGUCUUUGUGGUCUUUUUGUUCUGCGCCUGGCUUUUCGCUGCCGUGGUGCUUUUCUUCAACAAAGCGAUCCCCCUGCUCGAGCAAAUCGGUGGAUUCUUCAUCAUUGGCGGCUUUCUGAUUACGGUGAUUGUCUCGGCUGUCAUGCCGCACGUGCAGCAUAGGCAAUAUGCCACUUCCCACCAAGUGUGGGACUCGUUUCUCAACUUGACCGGGUAUAGCAGUUCGGGAUUUGCUUUUCUACUUGGAAUGCUGAACGGUGCGUUUGCUGUCGGAGUGCCUGACCUUACGAGUCAUUUGGCGGAAGAGAUGCAAAAUCCAAGCAGGAACAUCCCAGUAGCAGUGCUCUGGCAAUAUAUUGUCGGCUUCCUCACCGGUCUGCUGUUUCUCAUCGCAGUGCUCUACGGCCUCACCGAUCUCGAUAGCCUUUUCGGCACGCCCUACGUCUUCCCGCUCGGCGAGAUCUACCGACAAGGCACAGGAACCAGCGCCGGGGCCAUUGGACUUUUAUUCCUUGUCCUCGCACCUACAAUAAUUGCGUGCAUGGGAUGUUAUCUGACGGCCUCGCGAAUUUUCUGGACACUGGCUCGUGAUCGCGCCACUCCUUUCGCCGACUUCUUCUCCAAGGUCUCUCCGCGUCUAAAAGUCCCUGCAAACUCGAUCGUUUUGUGUGCGGUUAUUUGCACGAUUCUUGGCUGUAUCUACGUCGGCAACCUGACGGCCUUCAAUGCCUUCACAAGCUCCUACAUCGUCCUCUCCAUGGCUUCAUACCUUUCCGCCAUAUUACCAAACCUGCUAUCCAGACGAACAAGGGUCGUUCCAGGUUGGUUCUGGAUGCCCGGCCCGAUCGGGCUUGUGGUCAACACGGUAUCGUGUCUCUUCAUGAUGGCGUUCAUUGUUAUUUUCUGCUUUCCUUUCGCCAUGCCUGUCGACGCCGAGACGAUGAAUUACACGUGCGUCAUCUUUGGAGGACUCACUAUCAUCAUGGGCACGUUUUACCUGCUUUUGAUGAGGCAAUAUGAUGGGCCCCAAGUGAUCAUGCUUGGAAGGAGCGUGGAGAUGACGGCGCAGGAAUACAGGAGCUCCGUUGCCGCAUAA